ACUGGUGCGGAGGCAGCCAUGGUGCGGUUCAAGCACAGGUACCUGCUCUGCGAACUGGUGUCUGACGACCCCCGCUGCCGCCUGAGCCUGGACGACCGAGUGCUGGGCGGCCUCGUACGAGACACCAUCGCCCGAGUGCACGGGACUUUCGGUGCAGCCGCCAGCUCGAUCGGCUUCGCGGUUCGAUACCUCAAUGCUUAUACGGGAAUAGUGCUACUUCGAUGCAGAAAGGAAUUCUACCAGCUUGUGUGGUCAGCUCUUCCCUUUAUCACGUACUUGGAGAACAAAGGAUACCGUUACUCUUGUUUUUUCAACACAUUACAUGUUGGAGGUACAAUUAGAACAUGUCAGAAGUUCCUAAUCCAGUACAACAGGAGACAACUGUUGAUCUUACUACAGAACUGCACUGAUAAAGCAGAGCGGGAAGCCAUCCACAAGUCUGUCACAAGAAGCAGUUUACUAGAGGAGUCAGGUGAAGAAGAGCUUUCAGAUAGUGGUGGUGAGGAGGCUGCUGAAGCAAUAGAAUGAGCUGCUGCUUCCCACACAGCAGGCUACAUAUUUUGCCCACAUGUUGAACAGGACAUUCUGGGUGGCAUUAGCAUCUUCCACAGUUCUCCAUUCUGGGGUCUGCCAGCCAGAGGACACAUUACUCCACUGAAAUGAAAAGAUUUACUCAAACUAAAGUUACUUUUAUCUAGUGUUCCCCUGGUUAAGUGAUACAGGUUAUGAACUCUGUAGUUAGGUAUCUUUUAUCUUACUGCUUGGCUGAGAGUACACUUAAUAAAUGUAUUUGGUUUCUA